GAUCCCCGAAAAAGCAAACCGGGACUCUAAGGAAGCUGGUCCCAAGAACGCCCCCUGCCCAGCCCGCCUCUAGAUAACAAUCCUGUCCUAAUAAUAAAAGCUUAAAGCUGUUGAUGAUUUCAAGGCAUCUGAAAGUGAAGGAGGAACCCAUUAUCUCCCCAACAACCCCCACCCCGCCCGCCCCCAAGGCUGCCCGACUCCUCAAUUCCCAGCUCCUGGAAGGGCAGCGGGGGAGAUCCAACUCGGCUCUUCUAAUCGAGCCUGUGUGGCCAUCGGGUUCGGGGGCGAUUUGACUGCAGGCUUCUGCUGCUAGCUUUUCCCGUGGCGGUGGCGACCAAUCUGUGGAACGGGAAACGGAUCGAAAAAGAAACGGAAAAAAGAAGGAAAGGACAAGGAGCUGGUGGAAUCCUCUCUGACAGACGGACAGGCAGGCGGGCGGGCGAGAGAGAGCGCGGCGCGCUGCCUUCUCCUCCCGACCGCGUCCGUCCGCCUCAGAGAUCAGCAAGGGAAGAAAGCGCAGCUUAGGCGCUGGUGGUGGUGGUGGUGGUGGCGGCGGGGGCGGGGGCGGGGGUGGAGAGGAGGACCAAAACAAAGGCAGCGUUGCUGCCCUCGAUUGCACUCCCGUUAGGAGCAGCGCCGAGCGGAGGCAAAGGGGAACAUCGUCGUAAGCCCGGCUAGCGAAAGGGGAGGCAAGCUGAAGCGGGACACGGUUAGGCUGCUGGUCUGACCAGGAGGAUGGACAGGCGAGGAGGAGAAGGCUUCGCGUCGCUUCCUCCAAGGCGGGCUGUGCCAGACAUGUGAACUUCACCUACUCUCCGGAGGGGCAGAGGUCCCACCACCUCUAGGCGGCCAGAGCUCUUUACCACUUGGGAGGCAAUGGACGACGCCUCCUGAGAGCGACGACGCGCACGGGGAGGCGGCCAGGAGGAGAGCUGCGAAAGGCUGCCUCGCUAGACCUAAGCAGGAGUCUUGACUUGAGAGGGGAGGAUGAGAAGCCAGCGGGCACGACUGCCCUAAAGGAAAGGGGACGACUCUUGCUUCCACCCACCGGUCAUGUGGGCACCCAACUUGUAAACACAGCCCUUCGCCUUUUCACCCCUCACAGCCCCGCGCUGAAGAUGGAUUGCCUAGGUGGAGUCAUGCAGCCCCGAAGAAGAAGCAUAACGCUGAUCGUACUCCUGGAGUAUCUUCUCUUUGGCCAGCUUGGAGCAGAUUCAGUGAAGUUACGAGCCUUCCGUUGCGAUGGGCAUUCCUGCAAUCCUGCCGUGGGGAAUCUAGCGACAGGAAGAACUCCGGUCACGCUGACCACCUGUGGGCAGAACAGCACAGAACUCUACUGUUCUUACCCAGACCACAACCUCCUCCGCCAUGCUUCCCAAGGCUGUGGGCAGCCCCGCUGCACCAAGUGCAAUGCCAACCAGCCUGACAACUCUCACCUCCCUUACGACAUGACUGAUGACUUCUUUCUAAACCCUGCCACCUGGUGGCAGUCUGCACAAGGGGUUCACAGGGAGGAAAUCAGGCUGGAUCUGGAAACUGAGUUCUACCUGACCCAUGUCAUAGUCGUGUUCAAGUCCCCUCGCCCAGCAGCCAUGGUGCUGGAGAGGUCCCAGGAUUAUGGGCAGACAUGGCGACCUUACAAAUAUUUUUCGGUCAACUGUACAGCUACUUUUGGGCUCCCAGAUGAUACCACUGAAGAAGGGUCUGUGUGCACAUCCAGGUAUUCAGAUGCAGUGCCUUGCACCAGAGGGGAGGUAAUCUUUCGCGCCUUAACUCCAGCUAACAAGAUCGAAGACCCAUACAGUCCUGAAGCACAAGACCUUUUGAAACUCACCAAUUUGCGGCUUCUCUUAUUAAAGAAACAAGAGUGUCCUUGCCAAGGCUCAAGACUGCUAGAGAAACCUCACCGAUUUGCCCACUAUGCCAUCUAUGAUCUAAUUGUCCGGGGCAGUUGCUUUUGUAAUGGUCAUGCAGAAGAAUGUCAACUAGCCAAUGGGACAGGAGCCAUCGACAAUAUGGUCCAUGGGAAGUGCAUGUGCAGGCAUAACACUGCAGGACACCAUUGUGAGAGGUGUGCCCCACUAUACAAUGAUCGGCCAUGGGAGCCAGGCGAUGGAAAAACUGGGGCACCAAAUGAAUGCAGAAAGUGCCGCUGUCACAACCACGCCGAUAGCUGCCAUUUUGACCUGAGCACCUGGCUGGCAUCAGGAAAGAAGAGUGGCGGCAUCUGUGACAACUGCAAGCACAACACAGAGGGCUCCCGGUGUCAAAGGUGCAGGCCUGGUUUUUAUAAAGACAGAGGAAAACCUAUGUCCUCCCCAGAGAUUUGCAAACCUUGUGCUUGCCAACCUGUGGGCUCAGUGAACACAACCUUGAACCAGAGCUGGAAAUGCCACCCAAAGACAGGAUUUUGCUUCUGCAAGCCUGGCGUUGCAGGCCCCAAAUGUGACAGGUGCCUCUUGGGAUAUUGGGGCUUUGGAGAAACUGGCUGCCGACCGUGUGACUGUGCCAGGGAUUGUGACAAGCAGACUGGAGAGUGUCUUACUAGUUAUGACAAUCAGGCUUUUUUCAAUAUUCCCAUUGGUGGGAAAAUCCCUGACCUCAUUCAAACACCAGCCAAUGAAACUGAAGACGAAUGGCAAUGGAAUGACCAUGAGCAGGGAUUUUCAGCACUGAGACAUCCAGAAAAGUGUGUAUGCAAAGAGAGAAUCCUUGGAAGUGUCACCACUUUCUGCCAAAUGAAAUAUGCUUAUGUAAUAAAAGCAAAGAUCCUCUCUGCUCAUGACAAAGGAACCCAUGCUGAAGUAGUUGUGAAGGUGAAAAAGGUACUGAAGUCAGGCAAAGUGAAGAUUACCCGCAGUAACAGAAGUAUCUAUCCAGAGUCUUGGACCAACAGGGGAUGCACAUGUCCUAUUCUUAACCCUGGUGUAGACUACCUGAUAGCAGGACAGGAAGACACACGGACCAACAAACUCCUAGUGAACAUGAACAGCCUGGUGAAGCCCUGGAAAGCUCACUGGGGGAAACUUGUAGCAGAUAUGCUUCGGACUGGAUGCAAAUAGCAUCUCCUUUCAAAGUGAGAGCCAUGAACUUUACAUGUAAUAUUGCCGCAAAUGGCCUAGUUAGUUCUCUUACUGUCAAUCAGUACAUUCCUAGCAAAGGGGAAUUUAAAAACAGAUUCACUUUCCCCCCCUCCCGUUGUGUGUUUUAGAAGGAACCCAUUGCCAAGACUGCUUUCUUCCAUGAAUCCAAGAACAACCCCACCACUCAAUUCCAAACACCAAACCUUCCAUUCUUAACUUAACUGUAAAUUGUUGUACUCAUGGGAAACUCCAGCGCACAGUUUCUAGCUUGACUCCACAGCUAUCCAGAGCUUUUGCCUCCCAUGGCCAAAGCUACAACUGCAAGUUACACUAUAAGCUGAUGCUUCCAAAAGUCAACCCAAUAUGCAUAUUUACUGUGUAGCUGCUGAACUAGAGUACUUUUUCCUAUGGGAUCAUGUUCUUGAAGUGGCCAUAAAAGCAGCAACAACCAUGUUGAACUUUAGAGCUGCAAAAUUCAAAAUGGUUGCUCUAUCCUACAGCUCUUGCUUUAAUUUAACAACCCUUUUCUUUUAAGCUCACCAAGUAACCUAUAAUACAUAAAGCAUUUGGGUUCCUAGAGUGUACAUGUGCCCCAUUGAUGUUCGCACUGGAGAUUCUGGAGAUUUAUGUUGUCUGUGUUUGCCCUUUGCAGGAGAGGCACUCAGACAGGCAGAGCCUGUGAAAGGGUAGGAGAGGCUCGAAAGGUUCCAGGGCUAUCUCUGCAGGCAUUCUGUGGUGGGGCAGGGAACACAACUGGGGUCUGAUCCUGCAGGCAGGAGUCUCCAUGGACUUCCCUUUUGCUCUUCUGCAGAGCUUGUGGGGAAAGGCCAGUGUUACAAACACAUGGGCCCAUGCGUUUGCCUCCUGUGGGAUGCAGCUCUCACAAUGUGUGCAUCAGGCUCAACAAUAGUUCUGGUUUUAAUACCGAGUCAACUUGGGCUCCUCAGUCCUCUUCUCCCAUUCCCCCCUCUCAACAGCUUGUAUCAUGCAAGUUUCACAAGGAUGACUGCUUUGAAGAACGUUUGGGUCACUGCAGUUUCCUUUGUAAAGGAAAAAUGAAGCACCAACCCACAAUUCUAUGUCCAAGCAGAAAUAGUAGCACUGGAAGUCUGCUUGCUGUGGGGUUGGACAGCUCAUUAAAGCAUUACGGAGAAGAUUACAGUGUAAUAAGAUGUACCAAACUGAUUUAGAGGAAAUCCUGGCUACUUCUGGGACAGCCACAAGUCACUCUUUCCAAGACAACUGAUUCCAUUCCUUUCCAAAUUCUGUUCUGCUAAUUCUUCAUGUAAAAACAUUCAAGUUGCCAGUUUCCUUCUUGUUGCUAUUGGGAGGCCAUGCUAUUGGGAGGCCAUGGGAGGCAUGUGAGCUCUGCACAUGCUCACAUGUUGCUCUGCACAAAAUUGAUCAAAAUGAUAUCUUCCCCAAAACAAAACAAGGUCAUUGCCACUCUUUACUUGCCUGCUAGGGCCUUCCUCAGUGAGAACAGAGUUAUGAAAAAGUUGGAUCAUAGUAUGACUCCUGUUAAUUGGGUAAAGGGGCAUCUUUUAACGUGGUGGCACAUCUAGCAGGGAGAGAGCAACUGUCCCUAUUCAGCCUCAAGGAGUGCCUCCAGUGACUGUUGCUGGUGUUCCCUUUGUGUUUCUUUUUUUCUAGAUUAUAAGUCCCUUUGGGACUGGGAAUCGUCUUCUCACUCCUUUUAGAAUGUAAACUCCUUCGAUAACUUCUUGUUGUUGGAAAGUGGUAUAUUUAAAAUGAGAACAUCUAUUGAUCUCUGGAUGCCGAGCAGCAGAAAUAUGCCGAGCAGCAGGAAUUAGCAACAUGUCCAUGUACUGCUCAACCUUGGCCCUCCUGCAGAUGUUGGCCUACAACUCCCACCAUCCCUGACUAUGGCCACCGUGGCUGGGGAUGCUGGGAGCUGUAGUCCAAAAACAGCUGGAGAGCUGAUGUUGAGCAGCCCUGAUGUACAAACACAAGUGUCAGUUGUAGAGAUGUUAAAGACCAUGGUAUAACAGGGUCAACCAGCUGCCCGAGACCUCAGCAGCACAGCCUUGGUGACAGCACUCCCAAGCACAGCCUCUCUCUUCCUCAAGUUGCACACUUGCCUCAUCCCAUCCAAAUGACAUAACCCCCCUCGUCACUAAGUCCAGUAAUUCUGUCAAGUGUCUGUCACACUGCAUGGGGGUGCUGACCCCUAUUCAGGAGGCAUAGAAGAUGGCUAUUGCUUGCUCUGACUGAGGCAGGUAAGCAACACUUAACUUCCUGACCAGUCAACACACACAAGACUAUACUGGAGAAAACUAUUAUUAAAAUAUAUAUACAUACAUACACAUUCCAAAAAGAAAAAAGAAGAAACACCAAACCAUUCUCAAACUAAGCAUUUCACAUGGCAGAAGAAAUGAGAAGAUGGUGCCCUGUCUCCAAAGUGUGCAUAAUCUAAAAAGCAACUCAAAGGACACACCAACAACAGGAGAGACACAAUGCUGGACUGAACCAGGACAGUUUUGCUCCUCAUGCUGAACACCACCACCAAUAGCACCUUGCCCUAUUGAUCCCUGCAUGUUAAGCUAGCAUAAGAGAGCAGGCAUACAACUCUGCUAUCCCAUGCACUAACCAAGAGGCAAGUGGAUACCAUUCAACUUCCUGGUCAGUCAAGGUGCACACAUACUCAAAACUGUACUGGAGGAAAGUCAGGGAAGUGGGGGGGCUCCUUGACUUCACCGCAUCUGCUUGUGUUACCUCAGUGUUCUGUAGUCAGCAGAGUACAGCUGUGAUUAAAUUAUUCUAGCUUCUAUGGCCUUUCAUACACAAAGUGGCCAUCACCAGAUUCACGUUUCCCAAAGCAUGUCGUCAAUUACAUACAGCAGUGUGGAUGGGACCGUGGCUCACACCCAGCACAGGGGAUCGUUUCCCAUGGGUGUCAUGUCACACAACUGUGUGCCUGGAGCUCUUCUGAUGGAUUGAGGCUACCCUGCAGCGCAGCCCCAUCAGCAGUGCUUAUGAACCCAAGCCACAAACGGUCCCUUGUGCUGUACAUGACAGUCUUAAUGACCGAGGGGAAGACUUCAGCUGCAUAUAAAGUAGAAACCCAGCAGGAUUUGCUGCAGUUUAUUCCUGUGUGGCCCAAGUCUGGCUAACUGCUGCCUUCACAACACAGUAGACAGGUGUACUGUCCUACACAUUAGCCUUAUUCCCAUGAUAAGGAGACAGUAUGCACACUAGAGGCCCUGCCUGGCCCCUCUCCCUCACACUCACACAUGGGAAGAGACGACUGCUGCAAGCAUGACUGACCUGACCAGAGUGUGAGUAACAUGCCAGUAUAGGGGUGGGUGGGUUUGCCGCCGCUCUUUCAGAGGCUGCACACAAGUACAGCUGCCUCCUUAAUAACAUGUAAACAGGGCUACUGAACACUGGGUUCAGCCGUCUCUCACCCCUUCCUCCCUUUUUAGCGGAUAGGGCAGAUGUCAUGUGUGCCUUUAAAAAUAAAAGCACUGUAUGCACAUACAGUGAGGUGUACAUGUCAUGUAUUCCCUCCUCCCUUUCAAAACAAAGUCGUUUUUUAAGAUUGAAAGCCUGCUCUGGUCAGUCAGCCGCAGAAACUAACCAUACACACUACUGACUAGCCAGAGCAGGCUUUCAAUCUUUUAAAAACUCAUUUCGUUUUGGAAGGGAGGUGGGAAUACAUGGACAUCUCACAGGUCUUCCAAUCCAGAAUUAUUUGCAAUCCUACAGAGAAGUUGGUACAUCUGUACAAAAGGGAAAAUGUGCACUUCUGCAACAGCUGAACUUCUGAAACAAUAUACAGUACUUUUAAUAAACGCCAUGCAGUAAUUGGAAUUUGAGGCACCUCCAUGCCCUUAAGGGAACACAAGUCUCAGGUCAAACUUUGUCUUCAGCUUUGAGAGAUAGCGAGGCUAUUCUCACGUGCAUCCUAACCCAGGUUAGGGAUCAAGCCUAAUCCCAGUGGGGUGGUGCUGCCAAGCCCCAUGUUGAAACCUGGCUCUCAGCCGGGAUUAAGGGCUCAAGUGAGCCCUUAACCCGGGCUCCAGGAUCAUGUGUUGGCUGGGGCUAUGUUCAGCCACACCGGAGACAGAGACAGGCACCUAGAGCGCCCGUCUCCUGGGGGAAUCCUCCAAUGCAUUGCACAUGUUGCACAGUGCAUUGUGGGAUAUCCAUAGGCCGGGACAUGUCCAUGCUCCCAGCAACAGACCAGCACUCAUUGGGGGGAAAGGCAAUUUCAACCAGCCUCCCCCACCUGCCCGGUCGUGUCAACAACCUAACAACUCAAUGCCAAUCUGUCAAAAUAAGGAGGAAGGGGGGGAAGGCAGAGGAAAAAGAUGUGUAUUCCUUAGCACUGCCCAGAACAUAUAACAGAUAUCGACCAAGCUGAGUGAAUGUUGAAGACUAUCAUCCCAAGUAAGGCAUCUAUAGCAGAUACAUAUUUUGGUCAUUUGUGAUGAAAAAAUAAUAUGCCGCAUUUGCACAGUAUUUGUCCCAGAAAAGUUUCCUUUGAAUGCCACUCCGUCACUGCAAAAUAAGUCACUCUUAAGUUCACCUAAAAACUUAGAAGAGAAAGUUUAUCUCUGGGGUAGGAGGACAAAAGUGGCUGAUACAACACACGACUAACAACUUGCAAUUAACAGGCCAAGGUCUUUCACAUACUAUUUGUCAUUUCUUUCCUUUUAUUUAGGAAUCAAUAUGCAUUUCAGCUAAUCUAUGAGUAGAUGACAUUUUUUCCAGAUGCUCGCCAUUUUUACUAAAAGUUAAGUUGCAUACAUUGUUGUAAACGAUACAUAUAUAUUAUAUUGACUGAAUGUAACAGGAUUUCCUCACAUUUUGCUCUGACCAGGAACUUUCAGUCAGCCAAAGAACUAGACUGACUAAAUAUUGCUGAACCUAAGGUUAUUCGUUCAUAUAAAAAAAAUCUGUUCAAA